AUGGCCACAGCCCCAGGCCCUGCCGGCAUUGCCAUGGGCAGCGUGAGCAGCCUGUUGGAACGGCAAGACUUUUCCCCUGAAGAGCUACGGGCGGCACUCGCAGGGUCUCGGGGCUCCCGCCAGCCUGAUGGGCUCCUCCGGAAAGGCUUGGGCCAGCGCGAGCUCCUCAGCUACCUGCACCUUCCCAAGAAGGAUGGCAAGACCACCAAGCGGGCCCCUCGGAAUGAGCCUGCCGACUAUGCCACCCUCUACUACCGGGAACACCCUCGGGCUGGUGACUUCAGCAAGACCUCGCUGCCUGAACGGGGGCGUUUUGACAAGUGUCGCAUUCGCCCAUCAGUAUUCAAGCCGGCCUCGGGCACCGGGAAAGGCUUCCUGUCCAUGCAGAGCCUGGCGGCCCACAAGGGCCAGAAGCUGUGGCGCAGCAAUGGCAGCCUGCACACGCUGGCCUGCCACCCACCCCUGAGCCCUGGGCCCCGGGCCAGCCAGGCCCAGGCCCGUGCCCAGCUGCUGCACGCCCUCAGCCUGGAUGAGGGCGGCCCCGAGCCCGAGCCCAGUCUGUCUGAUUCCUCCAGCGGGGGCAGCUUUGGCCGCAGUCCCAGCACUGGCCCCGACCCCUUCAGCUCCUCCCUGGGCCACAUUAACCAUCUUGGGGGCUCCCUGGACCGGGCCUCACGGGGUUCCAAGGAGGUUGGGCCACUGGCUCUGCUGAACUGCCUGCCCGAACCACCGCCCCCCUACGAAUUCUCCUGCCCCGUCACCGAGGACAUGGGGGCUGUGGUGCCGGACACCUGUGAAGAGCUCAAAAGGGGCCUGGGUGAGGAGGAUGGUGCCAGCCCCUUCACACAGGUGUUGGAAGAGCGCCAGCGGCUAUGGCUGGCUGAGCUGAAGCGCCUCUACCUGGAGCGACUGCACGAGGUGACCCAGAAGGCCGAGCGUAGUGAGCGCAACCUCCAGCUGCAGCUGUUCAUGGCCCAGCAGGAGCAGCGGCGCCUACGCAAGGAGCUGCGAGCACAGCAGGGCCUGGGCCCAGAACCCCGGCCACCAAGCAGCCUCCCAGAGGCCGAUCCUAGUGCGCGAGCAGAGGAGGAAGCCCGCUGGGAGGUGUGCCAGAAAACAGCGGAGAUCAGCCUCCUGAAGCAGCAGCUGCGGGAAGCCCAGGCGGAACUGGCUCAGAAGCUAGCUGAGAUCUUCAGCCUGAAGACACAACUUCGGGGCAGCCGGGCCCAGGCCCAGGCCCAGGAUGCAGAACUGGCCCGGCUGCGAGAGGCCGUGCGGAGCCUGCAGGAGCAGGCCCCUCGGGAGGAGGCCCCAGGCAGCUGUGAGACCGAUGACUGCAAGAGCAGGGGGCUGCUGGGGGAGGUGGGAGGCGGUGAGGCCAGAGAUGGGGCUGAGCAGCUGCGGGCCCAGCUCCUGCAGGAGCGGCUCCGAGGCCAGGAGCAGGCGCUGCGCUUUGAGCAGGAGCGGCGGACGUGGCAGGAGGAAAAGGAGCGGGUGCUGCGCUACCAGCGGGAGAUCCAGGGUGGCUACAUGGACAUGUAUCGCCGCAACCAGGUGCUGGAACAGGAGCUGCGGGCGCUGCGGGAGCCCCCUGCGCCCUGGAGCCCUCGGCUUGAGUCCUCCAAGAUCUGAGGCCCUCGGAGCAAGCUGACAGCAGAAGCACUGUCAGAAGAUGGCUUGGACAAGCCCACCCUGAGAUGGCCAGCUCCUUCCUUACAUUGGUCUGGGGUGGAAGCUGCUGAGACCAGCCAGGGAUGGAGAGGCUGGCCGAGAGGAGGGGUCCAGUGGGGCUGUGGGCUGGAUGGGGUGCCAGUAGCAGGAGGAGCCAGGGCAAGGUCCCCCUGGCUGAGGAGUCUCCAGGUAGAGCCCAGCCCUGGAGUAAGUGUGGCCCAGGAAAGGAGGUUUGAAGUGAAGAGCCCUGUGAAGCGAAAAGGGCCAGUGUGAGGAGGGGAGGCUGGGAUGGGAACUUUGGCCUCCCCAGAAUAAAAUCACAUUUUCUACGAGGAAUUACCAGGUGAUAACGUCAGGCCUGUCUCUGGCCUGAGUGCAGAGGACUUUGGAGGGUCUGGGUUGGGGCUGUUGGCCUGGACUGCAGCUCCACCAUGUCCAUGAUCGGCGGGCAGGGUGUACCCUGCACCUCUGUGUGCAGCUGCUGGA